AUGAAUCUCAUAUAUUUGUAUUUCUUAUUUUUAAUUAUUAUUGUUUGUUAUGCUGGUCCUAUUGAAGAUAUAUCAGCUAUGCCUGAUUUAAGUUUAUUUUAUCAACAAUUAAUUCGUCAACAAGAUUUACAAGGAUUAUUACAAGAUAUUUAUCCAUCUCAACAACCAAGUACUAUUGGUGAUUUUACUAUAUUUGCUCCUAAUAAUGAUGCAAUGACACGUAUUAAUCGAAGAAAUGAAGAUCCAAAUUUAUUAUGGAAAUAUCAUAUUGUACCUGGUCGUUAUGAUGAUCAAACAAUAUUUAAUAUGGCACAAGAAAAAUUUAAUCAAAUUCAUCCAAGUCAAAUAAACAAUGUUCGACCACAAAAUAAUUUACCAACUAUGGCAUUACCAUUUCAAGUAUUCUAUGGUGUUGGUUUUUAUGGUGGAAUAGGUCCAUACAUAAAUGUAAAUCCUGAUAAUACUGGCUAUAAUUCAGCUGGUAUACCUUGGUUACCACGAACACCAAAUACAACAAAAACAUUUGAUAAUGUUGCUCCACUUAAUCCAUAUCUUGUGAAUAUGAAUAAUUACAAUCCAAAUCAACCUACACAAACAUAUGUUGUUGCACAAGGUAGUUUAUCAUCGAGUAAUCCAAAUUUAUUUCCACAAAAUCUAACAAAUUAUUAUACUAAUGUAUUUAAUCCAAAUGUGAAUACACAAUUUCUUCAAAAUAUUAAUCCACCACCAGCAAAUUUUAAUCCUAAUAUACAACAACAACCAGGAUUUAUGCCUGUGGGUUCUGGUGGUAUGGGCAUACAACGUCCUACAAUUAAUAAUGCAUUUAUAUUACAAUCACGUUUAAUGAGUCGUGGUAUAAUAAAUGUUAUUGAUAAUAUAUUAUGGCCACCUGAAAGACGUGAUCAAAUACAAUAUAAAACUGCUUAUGAUGCUCUUGAAGAUAGUCAAUUUUCACGUCUACGAUUAUUAGCUGAUCGUAGUGAUUAUUUUCGAUCUGAAUUACGUUCACCUCAUCAUCAAACAUGGUUUUUACCAAAUGAUCAAGCAUUUGCUAAUUUAGGUGCAAAUGCACAAUUUCUAUUCGAACAAUCUAUUAUAAAUAAUACAAAUGAUGUUAAUGAUUUUAUUAAAUCACAUAUUAUACCCAUAGUACUUUAUCCAACUGUAAUGGAUGCAAGUAAACAAUUUAGUACAUUAAUUCGUGGUAAAUGGGUAACAUUUCGUAAAAUUAUACAAACAGAUCAAACAUUUCAAGUUGAUGUUAUUUCAAAUCGACAAGUUGCACGUAUAUUAGCUUCACGUACAGAAGAUAUUAGAAUCUAUGGUAAUGGUGUUGUUUAUCCAAUUUCAACAUUUCUUAGUGGUAUAGCUCGAUCAGCUGCUGAUGAACUUGCACGAAGUUACCAAUAUUUUAUGGCUCUUAUUCAACAAUCGGGCGAUACAGAAUUAGUUAAUUUAUUACAAGGUAAUACAGCUGGCCUAGGUAAUACAGGUCCAAAUAUGCUUAAUCCGCAAAAUUUACUUACAAUAACUGUACUUAUACCACAACAAAUAGCUGUACAACAAUUGGGAAAUUCUCAAGAUCUUAGUAUGAAUUUACGUCGACAUAUUAUACGUUUUCCUGUUUAUACCGAUCAAUUAACGACUAUGUCAAAUCCAUUUGUUCAACAACAACAACCAUUUAUUCAACCAGGAUUUUUACCACCACAAUUUCAACGCUCUCCUUCUUCUAGUUCAAACAAAAAAUUACCACAACGUCAUCGCCGUCGACGUCGACAAGUAAAUAUGCCAACAAAUAUAAAUUUUCAACAACAACAACAAAUUCGACCUUCUCAAUCUAUGUCACCUACACAACAACAAAUUUUUCCUAUGCAACAACAACAAAACCUACCUAUUCAACAACAAAUGGUACCUGCUCAACAACAACAAAUUUAUCCUAUUCAACAACAACAACAAAAUUUACCUAUUCAACAACAACAACAGCAACCAACUUUUUCUAGGCAACAGCAGCAACAAAACUUACCUAUUCAACAACAACAAACAUUUCCUGGACAACAACAACAACAACAACCAAAUCUACCUAUUCAACAACAAAUGUUACCUACUCAACAACAGCAAGGUUAUCCUAUGCAACAACAACAACAAAAUUUACCUAGACAACAACAAAUGUUACCUUCUCAACAACAACAAAUGUUACCUUCUCAACAACAACAAAUGUUACCUUCUCAACAACAACAAAGUUAUCCUAUGCAACAACAACAACAAAAUUUACCUAGGCAACAACAACAAAUGUUACCUUCUCAACAACAACAAAUAUUACCUUCUCAACAACAACAAAUGUUACCUUCUCAGCAACAACAAAUAUUACCUUCUCAACAACAACAGAGUUAUCCUAUGCAACAACAACAACAAAAUUUACCUAGGCAACAACAACAAAUGUUACCUUCUCAACAACAACAAAUGUCACCUACUCAACAAUUGCUACCAACGCAAAAACAACAACAACAACAACAACAAGUAUCAUCCAAACAACAAAUGUUACCUGACCCGCAAAUGUUUCCCAAUCAGCCAUUUUUACCAAAUCCAGAACAACAAAUGUUGCCUUCUCAACCAUUUUUUCCAACACAACAACAGCAAAUGCUACCUAAUCAACCGUUGCUACCAACACAGCAACAGCAAAUGUUACCUAAUCAACCGUUGCUACCAACACAGCAGCAACAAAUGUUGCCCACUCAACAAUUUUUACCGAAUCAACAACAAUUUGAUCCAAAUCUUAAUCCUAGUUUUAAUCCAAUGCCAAUAUAUCCAACUUCAGCUAUUUUUCAAGAUGGACAAAUUUAUCCUACUAUGGAUCCACAAUUUUCUAUUCAAGCACAAAUUUCUUCUGGACCGAAUGGAAAUGUGGUAACACUGAUUGGUCGACCAGAAAAUUCAUUACCAUUCGCAGCUACGGUUCUUAAUACUGAAUCGAAUAUACCAAUUAAAAAUGGUGUUAUGCAUGUUAUUCGAGGUAUUCUAUCUGGUACAGCUAUUCCAUUAGAUACAGUUCUUUCAACAAUGCAAGGAGCUAGUUCAUUUACUCAAUUACUUCAACAAACAGGUGUUAUUGAUCAAUUAAAACAAUCAGGACGUCCUUAUACACUAUUUAUCCCAACAAAUACUGCUCUACAAUCAAUUGGUGUAUCAACAAAUACAAAUCAAAUAAGACAAUUUGUUCUUCGUCAUGUAUGUGCUGAUGUUCUUUUGGAUCCUAUGGCUAAUAUAUUACGUCGUUCAGGGGGUUAUUAUAGUCGUAGUCAAAUGCCACGAGCUCAACAACAACAGCGACAACAGCAACAACAACAACAACAACAACAACGACGAACUCGUCGAAAACGACAAGAUUGGGCUGAUGUAUGGAGAAAUGGAACGAUGACAAUAGGUGGACCACCUGUGAAAGCACCCGAUCUCGGUCCAGGUUACUUUCAACCACAAGAACAAGUUUUUGGUGGAUAUCCAGCUGCUCCAUCACCAUUUGGUUCUUAUAAUCAAUUAUAUAAUCCAUCAUAUGUUAUGACUGGUUAUGCUAAUCCAAAUUCUGAAUAUUAUCCAUUUAGUAAUGGAAGUAAUACGGGUGCUAAUGGUUUUCAUUAUGACAAUUUUGGUGUUCCUAUUGGAAAACCAAUGUCUGAUGCUACUUGGAAUAGUACAUUUGGUGCUUUUUAUAAUCCACAAUUAAAUGUUGUACCAAUGACGGGAUCAUCUGGUAUUGAUCCAAGUUAUUAUACAGGUACAGGUGGAUUUUAUAGUGGUUCAACUUAUGCUGCUGGACCACAAUCAUGUACGGCUAUGACAGGUGAACGUAUUACAGUUCAACCAUUACCUGGUAAUCAAUUAGCAGGUGGUAAUGAAGCUAUGAAUUAUCAAAAUUUUAUGGUAACAUGUUGUAGUGAUCAAUCUGUUAAUGCUAUGGUUCAAUCAUUCAAUAUAUAUCCUCCAAGUUUUGCUGUUUAUUUAAUUGGUCGUUCAUUAUUAUCUUACGGUCAAACAAUCAAUAAUAUGUUUAAUCAUGCAAACAUAAUUGUUCCUUAUCAAUCCACUGUAUUCAUCUUAUUUACUUUAUUAAUAAUUAUAAAAUAUCUUUAA